UGUAUAGGCACCAAAAGUAGAGAGAAAUAAACAAAAAGCGCAAGAAAAGUGUUAAAAGUUAGUUAAAUUGUUAAACGGAUUUAAAAAUCAAAAAAACUAAAUUGCAAGCGGCAUUUGCUGUAUUUGUGUCUGUGUGUUUGUGCGUGUGUGUGUAUAAAGGUUGAGUCGAAAUGCCAUAAAAUUAAUUCCGAUUCCUGGAAUUCAUUGUAGCAUUGUAUAAAAACGGUUUCUCGAGAAUUACCAAUACAAAGCCAACAAGUGUGCUGCCCCGCAACCAGCAGCAGCAACAGCAGAAAGAUGCAGUUGAUGAGGGAUGGUUGGACUGCCGGCUUCACAAUGAGUUUACGUGUUCGUCUUCGUGUCCUCCAAUUGCUGGCCCUGUGUGAAUUGAUUGCCGGAAGUAUAGCAAGCAGUGAUCCGGGCUGGCUAGUGCCCAGCACAGUGGAACAAUUAAUUGGCGGCGAUUUCAAUAUCAGUUGCACAAUCAAUGAAACCUACUUUCAAAAACAUAAACAAAUCCCCGAGGAGCACUGCACAGUCGAUCAAUUGUAUUUCCAGACGAAAUUUCAAAGGUUUCGCAGUGAGUCCGAUAUACGGAUAUUGAAUCGUACAACCAUUAUAUACACGGCUCGGAAUGUGACGGAACAGAAACUACAAUAUGAUUGCAUGUGCGGGGUUUAUGUGAUUAAUUCGGCCAAAGUGUAUGUGGGCACAAGUCCCUUGAAAAUUGAAGACUUUAAUUGCAUUGGCCAUGAUUAUUAUUAUAUGGUUUGCAAUUUCACCGAGCCCUACAAUGAGUUAUUGACCAAAUAUAAUGUCAGCUAUACGGUGGGCACUCGGGAUUCAGCCUAUAGAUAUUAUAUUGAUUGCAAUUUCGAUGUGGCCCCCAUUGUCACUUGUAAUAUUACGGACACAAAGGAGCAAUACAAAAAGUAUGGUGAAUGGUAUUUCUUCCGUUUGGACAUUGCCAAUUCGUUUGGCCAAUUGAGCCAAACCAUACCGAUCAAUAACUAUGAACGGACUGUCCCAUCGAAGCCGGGACAAAAGUUAAGCGUCGUAAAUCGUACAGAGAGUAGUCUAUGCCUAUCAUGGGAAAUGCCGCGACGCAGCAAUUAUGGUUCACGUGGCCUGGUCUGGCAGGUAUUGGUUAGGCCCAAAGAGAAGCCCAUCAUACAACGCCCAAAUUGGCGGAAUAAUUCAUCGGAAGUGAAGGAUACCCUAUGCCUGACUGAAUUGCCCUAUGCUGGCUAUGAUUAUGAAUUGACAAUGCGUGUGCGAGCCAAUUACAAUCAAUCGAUGUGGAGUGAGCCAUUGAUCUAUGAAUUCCAAACACUGGCCGAACGUCCGCGUCGUCCGCCAAGGAUAACGAAUGGCAGUCACUAUGUUCUAUCAUCCGAAAAGGAGUUGCGUUUCUAUUGGGAGCAAUUGGAACCGCAUGAAUAUAAUGGUCCCAAUUUUCAUUAUGAGAUCACUGAAUAUCGUAUCAAUGGCACUUUAGCAGAUCCAUCCGAUAUCGAUGUGUCCACGAAUUCGGCCAAGAUCAAGAAAUGGGAUAAAUACGCCUAUCAUGACAUACUGAUUGGGAGUAGAAAUAGUGUCAACUCAUCGGUGAAUGCAACACGUUUGGUCAUUGGCCCCGUUACCGAUGAGGAUCUGAGUCAGCGAGUGCCCAAGAAUAUACGCAGUGUAUAUCAUCCGACAAAUCGCAGCUACACCCUCAGCUGGGAGGCACCCGACGAUAGACAUGGCCAGAUAACCGAUUACACUGUGUUUUGGUGUGCCCCCAAACCGGCCAUACAAACGGAUUGCGAUGGCUCGAUGCAUUUCGAACAGGUGCCCAAUACGGCAAGACAAUUCACCACAAUGGGCAAUCAAAUGCCCUCAUUGAAUAUGGCCGUAUCGGCAAAUUAUGUUAAUCAUAAUACGGGAAUGCGUUGGUUAAUUUGCACUCAGGACAUGAACGAUGACUUGGCCAAAAUGCAACCGACCAUUGAUGCGGCCACAAAAUCCACAUUGGUGGUCAAAUGGAGCAACGAAAGGGUCUGUCCGGUCAUUCUGUCGGGUUACAAUUUAACCUAUUGCCAGAGAUCGACGGGUAAACCGGAUAAUUGUACAACCGUUGUGAUACGCGAUCGUUAUGCCAAACAAUAUGAGAUACGGGAUCUGGUACCCUAUACGGAUUAUAGUGUGAAAAUGCUUAUGUUCUCCAAAUCGACGGCCAGUAAAUACAGCGAUGAGUUGGUCAAUCGUACAGCCGAGGCGGCACCAUCUCCGCCCAGACAAUUGAUUGUAAUGCAUAAUGUUAGCAAUUCGAUGGCCACAUUGGCCUGGCGUCCACCCAUUAUGGCCAAUGGUGUAGUACGCUCCUAUGAGGGCACCUUCCAUUACAACAAUCAAACGGAUUUCUUCAAGAUACCAGCAGCAGCCGAUGAGUUGGUGAACAAUGAUAAACUAAUCUACUAUGAUUUGGGCAAUCUGAGUGCCUACACGGAGUAUGAGGUCUAUGUAAGAGCCUGUACUCUCUACAAUUCGGAGCCGAGUAAUCUGGUUAACUUUCAAACGACAGUGGGAGUGCCAUCGAAACCAGAAAAAAUGAAUGUAACACUUACGGAUAGUAUAACGAAAAUUACUUGGUUCCCACCAACUGAACCGGCCGGACGUAUUGAUUUCUAUGAAUUAUCAUUUGUUGGCAACAAUCACAAUAAUUCGGUGCUCAGUUGUAUGGUUAAUUAUAUAUUGCCGACUCAAAGUCGUUAUUUGGCCAUACCGACACCGAAAUGUAAGCCAAAUAGCAAACAAGAGUAUCGUUUGAGGGCAAUCAAUGCUGAAUUAUUGCAAAAUGAGAUUACCGAUGAGCAGCAGCAGCAGCAGCCGCAACCGUCACUUGCCACACUAACAUCGAGACGUGAUAACUGCCAAUUGGAUGUGGAUAAUCUCAGUGAGGAGGAGCAACAACAAAUGCGCUUGUAUUAUAAUCAACAAAGAUAUCGUCUCUAUACAUCAGACUAUUUGCCAUAUGGACUGGCAUGUUCGGAUAGUACGCAGAGUGCCAAAUAUCAGACCAUUGAAGUAGUUGUGGCCAUUAUUGUUUUGGGAGUCCUCUGUCAUAUGGUCUAUAAGAAAUAUCGUAAAAUGUCGGAUAUUGAGCUGGUUCUGCCGCCGGGCAUAACAGAGAACCUUAAGAAACCCAUGGAUAUGGGUGGAUUAAGUGGCGGCUAUCCAGGACCGGAUAGCUCAUUAAAUGGCCUGGGAAGCAAUAGUGUUGGAGGCAUCAUAUGUACGAGAGUCGAUGCCACCACACCAAUGGAUACCAUGCCACAUGAUUUCAAUAGCUGCGGCGGCAGUGAAAGUUCCAAAUUGUUGUUAAGAAACAAUUCCACGAGCGGUGGGGCAGGCGAUGCUUAUGAUGAUCAUAAUGAUGUUAUGGUAACACCAUCGGUUCAUCAAGAAUUGUCGACAGUUGCCCCCAUGAUCGAUGCGAGCGAUGGUGGCAAUAGCUAUAUGAUAAUGCGACAUGGUUUACCUGAACAGGCAGCAGCAGCAGCACCAAUAACAACCACACCAUUACCAAUUGGUGGCAAUCCCAAUGGUGGCUAUAUCAAGCCAACACAAAUGAAAAAUUGGCCACAGGCAAGUAAUAAUGCCAAUACCUUGCCGUCAUCUCUGCCCACACAAGGAGUGGCCAUGCCCAUCAAUCGUAUGCCCUUGGGUGGUUAUGUGCCAGUGCCCAUAUUGCAAUCGCGGCCAAGUUUGCCACCGCUGUCUCUGCCACAACAAACAACAGCACCACAGCAACCACCACCAGCAGCAGCAGCAGCACCACCACCACCAUUUAGUAGCACAAAUUAUGUGCAAGUUUCGGAUUUGCAUAAAAUGAAGCCACCACCAAAUCAUCUAUUAACAACAUCAGUUGCGUCAGCGCAUCAGCAAUCAAUGCAACAGGCCGCAGCAGCAGCAGCAGCAGUAUCAGCAACAGCAACAACAACAGCAGUUCCUUCCAACAUCAUACAAACAACUGUUCCAACUGUGCCAGUCAACAAUUUUGGCUACACAACCAUGGAGCAAUUGCAGCUAAUGAAGGCAAAUGCAGCAGCCAAUCAACAGACACGCCAUCAGCCACAGAUUGGUGGCUAUGUGACGCCCCAGGAUUUGAAUGCUCUUGCCCAUAAUAAUGGGCAUGUAAUCUAGAUCUAAUAGAACCUAUAUAGAUUGUUGAUCCACUAAAGACGGGGGCCCAAAAACAUGACAGACAGAUAAACAGAGAGAGAGAGAGAGAGAGAGUCGAUAUCCACACCCCCAUAAAUAAAAACAACAACCAUUAUGAGCAGCUAUAAUACACACACACACACACACACACACACAGACACAACUGUCCAUUAGCAACUCGCAUAUUUAGCAUAUCAUGAGAAGAAGAAGAAGCAGCUCACAUUCACCACAUUCAUGCCUUCAUAAUUAAAUGCAAUUAUUAUUAUUA